AGCUCCUCUGCAGUCUCUGUCGUGAUUCGUGUGAUCUAUCAAGGAUCAUUAUCAGACAAAAAACGUACUCUUCUUACAUACUCUAUUAGAGUGACGAAACUUGGCAACAAGAUGACUUCGGAAAGUAUCUCGGGCGACUUAGGCCUAACGAAAUGGCCAUCAGAAACUUCUACCUCUCAGGAAAUCAUCAAAUCGAUGCAGAGUUUUGGAAUGUCGGAUUACUCUGUAUUUACUGCAAUGCUAAUCGCAUGCGGUAUCAUUGGCAUUUAUUUCGGAUUCAUAAAAAAAUUCUCUGGUGAAGACGAGUACUUGGUUGGUGGAAGGAAUAUGAAAACAUUUCCAAUUAGUCUCAGUUUGAUAGCCAGCUUUAUAUCAGGUAUCUCGUUACUGGGGAUACCGACGGAAAUUUAUGUACAUGGCACGAGUUUUCUCUUCAUCGGCUUCGCGCUCAUUUUUAUUGGUUUCGUUUCAUCCAGCAUAUAUCUGCCGGUUUUUUACGAGCUGAAACUCACUAGCACCUACGAGUAUCUUGAGAAACGUUUCGAUAAAAGGAUCAGGUUGCUAGGCUCAAUUUUUUUCUCUAUUGGUAUCAUGAUUUGGCUUCCAAUUGUCAUUUACGUACCUGCAUUAGCCUAUAAUCAAGUCACUGGAGUCAACAUACAUAUUAUCACUCCCUUUGUGUGCAUUGUUUGCAUAUUUUACACAUGUGUGGGCGGUCUCAAGGCGGUAGUAUGGACGGAUUUUAUUCAGAGCUUUAUCAUGUUCGGUUCAAUGUUAUUAAUUGUAAUAAAAGGCACUGUCGACGUCGGCGGAUUAUCUGUAGUGAUUCAGAGAAACCAGGAAUCUGGAAGACUCGAAUUUCCCACGAUGGAUUGGAGUCCUUUAGCGAGACACUCAAUUUUAGCAAUCACGGUAGGCGGAUUUGUACAUUACUUGCAAAUUUCCGCCAUUAAUCAAAAUAUGAUUCAACGAUACUUGUCGCUUCCCAAUUUACAAUCAGCUAGAAGAGCACUUUGGUGUUUUAUAGUCGGACUUUUGACUUUGAUUUGCAUAUGCGGAUAUUCUGGCUUGGUAAUUUACGCUUGGUAUUACGAAUGCGAUCCACUUACAACGAAGCUGGCACGUACUAGAGAUCAACUGCUCCCGUUGUUAGUCAUGAAUGUUUUAGGAGAAUUUCCGGGAUUACCCGGUCUCUUCGUGGCUGGCGUAUUUAGCGCUGCACUCAGUUCAUUGUCGACCGGUUUAAACUCCAUGGCGGCCGUUGUGUUAGAAGACUUUGUCAAACCUUUUAUCAAGAUCCCGUUUACGCCAAAAGGCGCCGAUAUUUUUAUGAAACUCACAGUCGUCGUUUUAGGAACAAUCUGCGUUGCUCUUGUUUUUGUCGUUGAACAAGCAGGCACUCACGUGUUGCAGCUGUCAUUAAGUCUAGACUCUAUUACCACUGGACCAUCUAUCGGCAUUUUCACCAUGGGAAUGCUAUUACCAUGGAUUAACGGCAAGGGUGCUCUAGUCGGAGGACUUGCAGGUCUAAGCUUUAUGGGCUGGUUUGUGUUUUCCGUCCAAGCAGCUAUUGCAGAAGGAAAAAUCACAUUUGAUACAAAACCUGUUACUACGGAAGGAUGCACUUACUCUUUUCCACAAGUAGAGAAUUUAUUGUCAUCUGCAUCGCCAGUUACAAUCAUAGAUGACUCAAGUGGAGAAGAACCAUGGGCGUUAUACCGUCUCAGUUAUCUUUGGCAUACUCUGGUUGGUGCCAUCGUAACUAUAGGCGUCGGUCUCAUCGUAACUCUUAUUACUUCUCAAGAUGUUAAAAAAUUAGAUCCAAUGCUCAUAGCACCAUUUAUGAGGAAAUACUUGAUGUCAAAUAAAGAUGUGUCCGAAGAGUUUUAUCAAAUCAAGCUCGCAAAAUCGGAUGGUGAAAAGAUGGCAUCUUGUGCUAACAAAGAGGCCGAUAAAUUAUUAUUGGAAACAACUUUGGAAUGAUAAUAAAGCUAAGUGAUUAUAUAUUUUAAUCUUACUAUUGAAUUUUUACCUACAGUUUCGUUAGAGAGAUAUUAGAAAUUCUGUAUUCAUAAUCAAUCAAUACGAGAAUAUGUGUGACAAAUAAAAAUAGCCUAAAAUAA